AUGCAUCCACAGUUAGACAAGAACAGAUUCGACACCUGCGAGAAGCUCAUGGACGCUCUUGAAGAGUGCCACAGACAAGAGUUUUUGAAGCAGGCAUUGGGGGUUUGCAACUUCGAGAAGGAUGAGCUCUCCAAGUGCUUGCACCACACCAGAACCAACGAUGCCAACGCAAGAAUCAGAGCCAGCCGCGAGAAGCAGAAGAGACUCGAACAGAAGAGAAAGCAGAACGAGGAGGAGUUGUACGGCAAGAACGGGUACUUGAAGAAGGUGAUCGAGAUGGACUUGAAGGCCAAGAGCGAGAAGUAA